AUGGCAAAAUUUCCACUGUCAUGCAAAGAUAAAACGACCCAGAAGAUGAUUAUGGGCUUCUCAGAGGUAGAGAUAGACGUGGCUUGGCAACUAGUACAGAUGAGCAGCAGGGAUAACAAGCGGAAGCUGAAGGUGAUAAAAAACAAGAAGAAUGAUGAAGCAGAGCGAAGUUCAUGCCAGAGUGAUGCGAGCAAUGAGCAUGCAGGUUAUACCUUCUUUGAAGAAGAAGAAGAAGAUAAUAUUUUUGGUGAGAAAGAUGAUGAUGGGUAUCCCAAGAGAAGGAACAAAAGAUUUAGGAAGAUUACUGCCUGUUCCUCGUCCUCAAUGCGUGGGCGUCUUGGUGAGGACGUGAGGUGUACUGUGAAGGAGAUCUGCCUACAAGAACUUCCAGCAACAAGACGUCGGCCUUUUGAGAGAGCCACUUGA